AUUACCGACCUAUGAUUCCCUUAACAGAUUAACACUAUGUUACCUAAUGUCCCUUAGAACAAAUAAGUAAAAUAAUGACCCGCUUUGCGUAGUUUUUGUGAAAAAUGUGUGUAUUACUUUUUACGGGAAUUAAACCUUAUACUAAACCAUCACCAAUUUUGCCUCCAAACAUUCCUCGCUGUAUUCUUAGUAAAGUAAAAUUCCCACAACUUCCUUGUAAAGUAAAUGUAAUUAUUAAUGUAUUUCACUGCGAAUUGUGUAUUUUUCAGAGACGAUCACAUGACUUAAUAGGAUAGUGGUUAACUUCCAAACCAAUAAGGCGAUAAAUAAUUAAGGAAAAAACAGGAUCCGAGAUGUCCAAUUCUGGAGAUAUCUUAGAUUUAUCUGGAAACCUGGCCAAAAUGUCUGUAGCAACCACCAAAGUAGAGAAGAACUACAUGUUGAACCUCAAGAUCGGCUACACCAAAUGCUUCUCCUGCAGAUAUGAUAUUGGUUUCUCCAAGGAUGCGUUGGUUUGUAACUGUAGUUUACAUUGGUACUGUAGUACACAGUGCAGGGAUCAAUGUAAGGAUGAACAUUGCCUAGAAAGUCAUGAACUGAUUAACUGUACAUCUCUAGACUCAUUCUAUUCUAAGAUCCUACAUUAUUAUGACAUGGAGACUCUGAACAUGGUUAAAGAGUACAUAAGUUCUCAAGAAGGAGUAUCCAGGGAGGAUAUGAAGAAGCUGGCUGAGGCAGGGGACUGGAAAGCUGCUCUGAUCAUAGGUUUAACCUAUGAGUUCAGGUUUGUCCUUGACUGGGAUGAAUGUGAGCUAGCACUCCUUCCUCCUUUUAUGAAGAGCCGACCUUUUAGUCACAGGAAAGCUAUAAAAUACUACAACAUGGCUGCAGAAGAGAACUCGGUUGAAGUAUUUGCUUCAAUAGGAAGGAUACUACUUAUACUGGAGGAUAUGAGACGGGCAGGGAAAGAUUAUCUUAUGAAGAGUUCAAACAGGUUCAAGAGUUCUCAGAAUUUUCUUUACUUAUAUUGUUUCCCAGAUCUAGGCAUUACACUAUCAUAUAUCAAGGAGGAGUAUAAACAAGGAGAAGAACUAAAUGUACCUGUUUACGGGAUUACAGGAGUUAUUCUGUUCAGAUUAAACCUUCUUGAUGAUUCCAGAUCCUCAGACAGUCUUCUCAAGGAACUGCUAUUCUUCCCCAAGAUAUCAGAGGUUUAUUCUUCUCUGAAAAAUUGUAAUCCUGAACCUAGGAUAGUGUGUGACUCUGUAAAUAACUCUAUCCCGGGGGAUUCAUUUAGACCAGUGGAGAACCCUUUCUUUAUCCAGAAGGCUGAUCUCUACAAUGAGGAGGAUAGUAUUGUAGCGAGGAUAGAUCCUGGAGUAAGGAUGGAUGCUAAGGCUGUAUAUGAUCAAGGAUAUUUUCAGAGACUGCACCAUAAUCAGCCAAUUUAUUACUGUGAGCAUGAUGUUGCGAAUAUUGGGAACACCUGCACUCAAUGUGCUCAGCUGGCUCAGGAAAGGAUUCUGAGUGUUUAUGAGAACAGUUUUCUCUUCAGUAAAGAUGAAUGUAUGCGUACAAAAUUCUACAGUAUUAUCUUUACCCUGGAGUCAGGAUUGAAGAAACAAGAUCACUUCUGGAUCUAUGGAAAAUAUGAGAUCAUAACUGCUAUCCGUGUCAUGGCUCUUCAGCCCAUGGAUCUACAUCCUCUACAGCUUGCUAAGGAUCUCACCAUAUACUGGCCAAUUGUUUACUACUAUGGGUCUGUGUACUCUGCGUUGAAGGAAAUCCUGGAUGGAAAGACGGUUGACAGAAUCUAUGAGAAUAUCCCGGAGUUUACUCCUCUGCCAGAGAGAAGAAAUAUAGUUGAUGAGGAACAGUUUGUGAUCAAAUGUGGACACAACUCCUGUGUUUAUCUUGACUGGGAGUUUAAGUUCAAGCAAUGCACCAGGGGUAAGCUGAGACGAUACUGUAGUCCAAGCUGUCAGAAGCUUGACUGGAAAGUACACAAGAAGGAAUGCUUUCUCCGUCCUGGAAUGGAGAAUACAGAUAAUGAGGUGGAUUAGAUGAAGACUGAGUCCUGUUUUACCAGGUUCUUGCGUUCCUGGACUUCUUGGAUUCUCCUUUCUCUGAAUUUAUGGAAUUAUCUCACUCUAUCCAAAUAUUAUUCUUUGUAAAUUAUCCAAUUGUUUAAAUCCUCUAUAUUUCUAGUUAUUUGUUUAUCAUAGUUUUCCUUGUAAGUAUGACAAUAAUAUUUAGAAUUAAAUGUAUUUUCUUUC